AGUUUCGUGUUCAGCUUAGCUCGGUUCGGCUCUCAGCCUUGUGAUAUCGGAAGCCUCCAAGUACUUGAAAGGUCGAGGUUCUCUCGCACUCCUUCGAACCCAUCGGAUCCAUCUGGCCGGGAACAGAGAGUUCGGAGGUUACGAGCUCUCUCUCCCUCUCUAUUGGCUUGCGAAAGAGGCAAGAUUCCUGGUCGCCCCAAGCGGUGACUAGAAUACCUGUUGCUCUAGGUGUUCUCGCGAGAAAACCGGCGGCGCGUUGGUGCGCAGUUCGCGGGCGAGACAGCGACAACAACGAUAACGUGCAAACCGAGGAAUCAUGGGGACGAUACGACGGCUGUCCACGAUGAUGCUGUUGUUAAUGAUGCAUUCCGCUCAGCUCGAUGCUCAUCGUGAACACAAGGUUCACAAUAUCGUGCUGUAUCCAGAUAAGCACAGCUGGUGUAAGACAACGCCAAUAAAGCAAGUGGUGACAUGGCCUCAGUGCUCUUCGCAGGAAUUGGACAAUAACGUCUGCGUUGGAGCUUGUUUCUCGUACAUGGUGCCUCAUAGCGAGCCGUCCGCACCCGGUGAUCUCAUAAGACCUUACUGCGAUUCUUGUCAACCUCUGGACUCCGUUUGGCACACUGUCACACUAGAUUGCAAAGACGAGCAGAAAAAUCCAGUAACCAUGCAGAAGAAGGUGCAGAUUAUCACAAACUGUUCCUGCAGCUCCUGCAUGGAAACCUCGAAAAUCAAACCGGACUACAACACUUUGCUACAGACCCUAACGGAGGAGAACUUAGACAAGAACGUAAACGUAGCGCACGAAACACCAGAUUUGCUGCUGGAUCCGAAUCUGAAUGCCUCAAAGAACACGACGAGAGAUGGGGCUCAGACUAACGAACGAUUCCUUCAACUUGUCAAGAAACUGAAAGAAUCGCAGAAACUGGACGAGUCUGGUUUGAAGGAAUUCUCCAAGUUCGAGGAGGAGAUCGAUUUGGAGAAGCUGCGAGAGCUGUUCAAGAAGUAUAGCGAGGGAGACGAAGAGGAAGGUCAGCACGAGCAUCAUCAUCAGCACCAGCAUGAGCAUCAGCAUCAGCAUCAACAUCAGCAGCAGCAGCAACAGCAUCUACAUCGCGGACCCCAUCAUUCUCUUGUACUAGAUUCGGAUGUGAAGGAGAAGAUCGACGUGGAGCCGCAUUAUCUGCAUCCUGCCGUCGCCGGUCAAGAAAUCAGUUACCACGACAACAUCCUGGUAGCCAAGGAGAAGAAGAAGAAAGAUUUCUAAAAGCUUGUCGAAGCGUAAUUCGUCGUCGAACGGAUGUCACCUUUGUUCGUCAUGCUCGAAAAAUUCGUAGAAAUGAGUCAAGAUUUUUUUUGAUUCUUAAGUAUUUAUUUUCGUAGCAUUAAUUGGAUGAGAUAUUAAUUGUUGAUAUAAUUGUUGAUAUAAGUAUUAUAUUGCGAAUCAUGAGAAAAUUAUUUUUGCAAAAGAUAUCUUUUAUAUUCUAUAAGAAAGCUUAUAUUAUAUGACACUAGAAAAUAACAUGCGAAUUAAAAAUAAAUGUGAAUACAAUUUUUCAAAAUUAAUUAUAUUGGAUUCGCUAAUGAGGAUGAGGAAGAAAAAUAUUAAGAGCAUGAGAUAAAAAGGAGGAAGGAUUGAGGCGUAUUGAAGAAAAUUUUAAUAUAUAUUUAUAUAAUUGUUAUUAUAUUAUUAUUAAUUAAUUAUUUAAAGAGUUGCAGAGCACGAUUGAGUGUUUAACUCGACUUUAGAUACAUAAAAUGACGCUUUAGCGUCAGUCGAGAUCUAUAUCUCGAUGAACGUAUGAAUAAUACUCUCGAGUCUGAAUAUCAGUCUUGGCAUGACGUCGACUACUAUGACGUACACAUUGUAUUAUUCUCCUAGAGAAUAAAGAUCGUCGAUGGUA